AUGCACAUAGAUUCACCACUCGAUUCAAAGGUGAAAGGCACAAUGAUAAAGGAUAUGCUCAAUCUGACAGGGUUUAAUUUGCCCUCAACAAAAGACGUCUCUAGUGGAAAUACGAGAACGUCUGCCAUACCUCUUCCAUGCGGAAUUCUGAACAUCAACCCCGGCAUCUAUGAUAGUCAUUUCACUUCUAAACAGGCUAUCAACCCUACUUCUAACGAAGAUUCUUCCAAUAAAAGCGAAACAUUGAAGUGGAUGGAGGAGAUAAAAAAACCCACAGCUCCUCCUCAUCCAUGGCUACUAGAUCGCAGAGUAACAAUGUCCAGGUUGAGCGAUGAUGAGCGGAAGAAACACGAAUACUACGUGCUGCGGGCCUAUGAAGCCUGUCUAUCAGGACUAGAUCAGACAACUCAUACUUCAAGACAUCAAGACCCACCGACACAAAACGUCAUUCAACCUAGAAUUCAACUGGAUUUGGAAUCUUUACCGCCGCCCACUACACCCAAAGAAUCAACCAUUUCGACUAGCAUAUCGCAAGGUGCCGGACCUGACUCUCUUGAUCUGGCCGCCUUCAUGAAACUCCGGGAGGACCACAAGCGCGCUAUGGCGAGACGACGACUGGAACACAAACAACUACUACACCGUGCGAAUAUACAAGUUUUGGGAGAAACAGAAGAUAGGUGGGAGGCGACAAAAGACUCGAACGAAACACCAGUCGGAGAGAAGCGAUGUGAAGGAGACAACCUUAAUCUAGCUGAGGAGCCGAAGUCAAAAACAACAAAAAGCCCAACUGCGUUAGAACAGUUCCGAUGGGCUGUAGAAAAUGUUCUUGAUUUCAUCACACCGUCCGACUUGCGUUGUUUGGUUCAAAUGCUUGAUGCUAAGAACCGCGCCGGUGCUUUCCAACCGGUUUUUCCGGCUGACAACAUCAGCACAACAGCCUCAUAUUUACGCUUCUUUGAGAAACCACGCUAUCCCAAUCUUCUAAUCUUUGCCUAUCUAGACAGGUAUGGGGAGUCAGUAGAGGGUGAGUUUCUACCUUAUUCUAAUGAACCAGAGAUUUAA